GCAGAAGCCUGCGUCAUAGGUGAACAGGCCAAAGGCAUAAUGGCAGUAAUAGAGUAAAAUCGAAUAUUCUGACAAUCCUGCUAUGUCAGCAAGCCUUCCUGCUAUUAUUUCACAUUUCACUUAUUGUAUAGUAUAUAACUUCCCGUACAUCUAAUACUGUUACUGUAAUGGAGCGUGUAGCACAGGGUUGCCAGAUUCUACUGUUUUAUGUGUCAAUCGCCCACGUGUUUAGCACGUCUGUGACACAGACACUCAUAGCACACUGAAUUUUAUUUUCCCUCUUUUUCACAUGAAUCCACCUGUAGCUAUGUCUUCUGCAGCGUGCGGUGCGACUGACCGGGCAUCCCGUGAGAAGGAGAAGCAGAAAUGCCCUGUGUCCAAUCCCAGUAUGGAAUUCUGCCCAAUGAAAACAACUGCUACAACCCAGAAUUCCUGAGCCCAGACCUUACUGCCAAGCUGGUCAUGGAUACAAGCGGGCAGCAGGACCAUCUUUCAGGUCUGCCCUUACCCAGUAUCAACACUCUGAUGGGCAGCUACUCUGGAGAGUUUGACGCCUACUCAUGCCACAUUGCCACUUCCGUUGCAUCCACUUCCGCUGGGGCUAACUCUGGUCAGCAGUCACCCUUCAAGCUGGAUGACUUUGAGGUGUACGGAUGCUACCCCGGCACGUUCGCCCUGAGCUACCUGGACGAGACGCUGUCAUCGUGCGGGUCGGAUUACUACGGAAGUCCCGCUUCGGCUUCCUCGCCCUCGACGCACGGCUAUCAGACGCAGCCCGUGUCCACGUGGGAGACUCCAUUCAGCCCCUACUCACCAGCUCCUGGGUGUUGGGUAGCAGACAAGAUGACCUUGCCACAGCCACCCUCCUUCUUCACUUUCUCCCCUCCGCCGGAGUUGUCAUCUCCCCUGGAACAGCAGUCAUCGCACCUGCAGGAACAGGACCCUUUUGGUCAGCCCCAGCAGGCUCAGCCCCACCACGUCCCGUUGCACUUAACUCCAGUGCCUAUGGAUCAGGGUUGCCUAAAUACCCCAGUGCUGGCAGAGAGGCCUGGGUCCUCCCCCAAAAACCAGAGCCCCACCACCAAUGAGGGUCGCUGCGCUGUGUGCGGGGACAACGCGUCAUGUCAGCACUAUGGCGUACGCACCUGUGAAGGGUGCAAAGGCUUCUUCAAGCGGACUGUACAGAAGAAUGCUAAAUACGUGUGCUUAGCCAACAAAGACUGCCCAGUUGACAAACGCAGGCGAAACCGUUGCCAAUUCUGCCGUUUCCAGAAGUGCCUGGCUGUGGGGAUGGUGAAAGAAGUCGUGCGAACCGACAGCUUGAAAGGUCGCAGGGGUCGCCUACCCUCCAAGCCCAAGAGUGUUCAAGACUCUGUAUCCGGGCCGACGACUACGAUCGAUAUCAUUUCAUCUCUCGUUAGGGCGCACAUCGAGUCUAACCCAGCUGCUGGAAAACUGGACUACUCUCAGUACCAGGAGGCAGCGGCCAACCUGUCUGAGAAACACAAUGCCAGGGAUGUCCAGCAGUUUUAUGACUUGUUGACACACACUAUGAAGGUGAUCCGGAAAUGGGCAGAGAGCAUCCCUGGAUUCAUGGCCUUCUGCUCAGAAGAUCAGGAGCUCCUCCUGGAAUCUGCUUUUGUGGAACUUUUCAUCCUGCGUCUUGCAUACAGGUCGAGCCCUGAAAAGGACCAACUGAUCUUUUGCAAUGGGGUAGUGCUCCAUCGCAUGCAGUGCGUGCGGAGCUUUGGUGACUGGAUAGACUCCAUCAUGGGCUUCUCACAGAGCCUUCACCGCAUGAACCUGGAUGUCUCCUCCUUUUCCUGCCUAGCGGCUCUGGUCAUCAUUGCAGAUCGUUACGGACUCAAGGAACCAAAGCGCGUGGAGGAGUUCCAGAACCACCUGAUUUCCUGUCUGAAGGAACACGUGACCAGCAACGGCAUGGACUCCAGCCGACCGAACUACAUGUCAUGGCUUCUGGGGAGGCUCCCAGAGCUGCGAACGCUGUGCACUCAGGGCCGCCAGCGGAUUUUCUACCUUAAGCUGGAAGACCUUGUUCCCCCACCGCCCAUCGUGGACAAGAUCUUCAUGGACGCCCUGCCUUUCUGAGCUUCAGGGAUGGGCUUCAUUGACAAUUGGAGCGACACCCGAUGGUGUCGAGACAAAGAGAGAAUUAAACGCUUUUUCCACUGCCUGCGGGACGAUAUGUCCGGACCCUGGAUCCAUAUGCUUGGUAUCAUUUGGUCGCUUUGCACUGAUCGGUUAAUCUAGUCCCUCUGAUUCUGGCUCACAACUGAACACCACUUUCAGGAAAUAUGAGAUUCAUUGUUAUACAUACGACGUAUUGAAAUGGACUCUGUCCUUCUUGGAGAAAACAGGAUAGGAUACCAUGCCAUUUCUGUACAACUUAAUGUAUGUACAUUUUAAUGUGGUUUUAUGGCUGUGCAAAAGCUGUAAAAAGAAAAGGGAUCCUGGAGAAGAAUGAAGACGAGGACCAUCUUCACAAAUACUGACAGUAUUAAUAUUAAUCAUGAUUUAAAGCCAAUGGUUUUCAAAGCCUUAGCAGCGGUUAUAAGGGUUGAGAAAAAAGACGUGCUGUAGGUACUAUCCUCCUACUCGCAUAGUCAGCCCUUCCUCGCAGUGUCAGAUGGCUCUUUGCUCAUCCGCAUAUCGUACUUUGAGAUUUGCUUUCAAAGUAGCUGGAUACCUUAAGCAUUAAAAACAAAAUCAUGGACCAAAUGAGGCUAAUUUUUUUAAAUGCCGAGCCUUGUUUUGUGAAACAGCAGCACAUCUCAUUUAUAGGUCAUUUUGUGCUACACAAUAUAUACAUAUUUCUCAGAACAUUUAUAUAAAAAAAAUAUUAUCCUAAGUGUUGCGUUCCUCAUUUUAUAGUCACAAUAUCUGUGCAACAACGACAUUACAGCUCUUUGUGAAUAGUGCCUUAUUCAAGGUUCGCCAAACUACUGUCACUAAUCAUCAACCAUCAUCAUAGAGAAACACGCCCCUCCAGCCCAUUCAUAUUCUGACAAUCUCAUAGACAUUAUUGGUUUGGUUUUCCAUCUGUAGUUCUAACUUUGUCCAUAGCCAUGUCCAUAUAUUGGCAAACGACGGGUGGAGCUGUUGAUGUUGCUACUGUUGCCUGCGCACUGUACCCUCCAUACAAAAAUUAUGUACAUUUAUCAUGUAUUUUAAAAAGUGACUUUAUGGCUAAAUGCGUGACAAAUGUAUUAAGAUGAGCAGCUAUGGGUACUUUCUGCAGUUGAGGUGUUUUCAUUGCUAUUCAUCUCUUUUAUAAAUGUGUAUGUAUAUUAAUAGCAGAAAGACUUUAUAUUUGUGAAGUUUUUUUUUUUUAGUUUUGUGGUUAUGUGAUAUUGAGAAAAGAUAUUUAAUAUAAAAAGUUUUCAAAUGAC